UUCUUGUUACAUAUUAUAUAUUUCAUUCAAUUAACAAUAAUAGAGAAAUAAUAAUUGGACAUAGACAAUUUCACAUAAAAACGUUUGAUUUUAAUUGUUCCGCGCACGAAAGUUAUCUUGCGAAUUCGCGGCAACGACAAUGCGCCAUCUGGCCGACGAGACCGAUAUCAGGAGUGAAAAUAUUUGAGAGCCAUCAUAACGAUCUUUGGCGCGGGUUUGUUUAAAACUAUGAUAUUUGCUAUUGUUGCAAGUGGUCAGUGGUCCCUCUAAGAAAAAAUGCAAACGCGUAAUUCUUCCAGGAGCGACAACACCAGUGUGAAACCAGUGGUAAAUGAAGGCGCAACCUCCACGGAGAAGGAGAAAUUGCUGCGAGAGAUACAGGAGCUGGAGAGCAUAGUCAAGCAGUGCGAAUGGAAUCUCGAGACGACACGUUUCAGAGACGUGGAGAAGCGUGCGACCGAAUUGCUAAGCUCGAAGACCAUCCCGCGUCGCAGUAAAAUCCCGAACGUCGAGGUUGACCUACAGAAUGAUCUGUACAGAUUCGCCGGCCUUCAGUGCGCUCAGUAUCGAAGGCAGGAGCUCAUAUUUAACUUCAACUCGAUGAAGGAACAGUGGGAGGACAGCAUCUAUGCGCUACAAAUCUUCCUCAAGAAUGGGAAAGCCAGUUUGGGAAAAUGGGUGAUGCCAAUGUCCAUCGACAUGAAUCACCUGUUGACCCAGACGCCCAUCGACGACAUGAAGAACUUAACUAGCUUCUUAAAGAACUGCAAGCAUAACAUCGAUUGCUACGGGGUGCGGCAAGAACAAUUUUUAUCACUAAAAGAACGUCUUUCGCGCAUGAAGUACUGUGUUCUGCAGUCCAACUUGGGAUACACGCAAAUCACUUUAGAACUAUGUGGCGUGUACGACAGUGAAGACGACAAAUACAUAAACCUAGUGAUUUGCAUAAUGUAUCAUUCUGAUAGAGCACGACCACAUAAGAUUGAAGUUGACACCACGGACAAGGACAAGUUAAGCGAUGACUUAAGACAGAGAUUGAAGACGAGCUUGAAGGGAUUUAAAAUAUUAGAUCUACACACCGCGUUCGAUAAAGUACUAAUGGAAGACAAUUCUGCAUUUACAUGGAUAAGAACCGACGACAGUGACGACAGUCCAAUGGAACUAACUGAUGUUAGCAGUUCUGAGGAAGAAGGCUUCCUCGCCCAAGUAAAUUCGAAUCGAAAAAAGUCACUGAGAAAAGCUGGAAAGACAAAACGAGAAAAGAGAAAACAGGAGUUGCAGAAGAAAUGGAACGAGCGGAAAAAAAGGAAAGCUCCUCUAAAAAGUAUUGGGGCAGAUGAGGAAGAAGAUGAAGUGGAUAGUCGUCCAAAAGCAAAGAUAUCCCGCACUGAAAGUCCACUCCCGCGAAUUCCAAAGAAGAAUGAGAAGGAGAAGGUCGUCGCAUCACCCUCGAGGCAACAGAAGAAAAUUGCUAAAAAUCUAGCAGAAGACACAACGCCUUUGAUGAACCCUAAAGUUAGAUUGAAACAGAUAAAAUUAAAUUUCCAAACCAAACAAGCCACAAAUUCUGAUAGUGUGGAUACAAAUCCUCUAUUCCAAUUGAACCUACGCAAGAAGCUCGACACUAAGCAACUCAAGACAGCCAAACUAAUCACUAGUACUCCAAUAAGUAAGAAUCAUAAAAGAAUCCCAUCAUCGUCUAGCCUAUCGAUCGACAGUAUCCCACAUAUUAAACCGACAAAAGAGAUUGCGAAUAAAUUGAAUGACUCCAGAAACACUAAUAAAUUGAACAGCUCCAGAAGGAGUAACAGAUUAUCGGAUUCCAAGGACACUGGUAAAAUGAAUGACUCUAGGAACACCAACAGACUGGAUGACUCCAGAAACAAUAACAGAUUAAAAGAUCCCAAGAACACUAAUAAAUUAGAUGACUCCAAUAGCACUACUAAAUUGAAAGAGUCAAAGAAGAGUAAUCUUCCAAAAAAUAAGAAUACUUUAAAGAAGACUAAUAAAUCGGUGCAAAGUAAGAGUAAAUCCAACAGUAAGAGGAUUACUGUCAGAUCCACAUUACGUUCAAACGUUCCGAAGACAAAUCAGCAUCCCAUGAGAAGUGGUGGAAAGUUAAAAAAAUAAAAUGAGCGUGGAGUUAAAGUGUUUCAGUUAAAGUGUUGAAAUAAAGCUUAAAUAUCGUGAAAACAUAAAGUAUUUAUAUUUUUUGUGCAGUUUAUACGUAUACAUUGUAUCGUGGAAUUAUUAAAUUUCGAUCGCAUCGCAU